CCGGCAUCCUGUGCCCGGUGCAGGGCGUGCGAGCGGCCGCAGAGGAGCAGGUGAAGGUGCUGGAGGUGACCGAGGAGCCUCCUGGCUGCUGAGAAGUGGGGCGCUCUGCUGUUUUUCCCUUUCUCUGAGUUGCUCCGAGGAGAUCACUUCAGGCUGUGUUUUUUUUCCCCAAAUCUCAUCUACAGAAUUUGGCGUUCAUUUAGCAGAACUGACUGUAGAUCCCCAGGGAGUAUUGGCCAUUCGUCAGUUAGCAUCUGUAAUUUUGAAACAAUAUGUGGAGACUCACUGGUGUUCCCAGUCAGACAAGUUUAGGCAUCCAGAGACCACAGAAAGGGCAAAAGUUGCCAUAAGGGAGCUGUUACCCAAUGGACUGAGAGAAUCUAUUAGUAAAGUGCGAUCAAGUGUUGCCUAUGCAGUUUCAGCCAUAGCCCACUGGGACUGGCCUGAGGCUUGGCCCCAGCUUUUCAACUUGUUGAUGGAGAUGCUGGUUAGUGGUGAUCUGAAUGCAGUGCAUGGAGCCAUGAGAGUACUUACAGAGUUUACCCGCGAAGUGACAGACACACAGAUGCCACUCGUUGCUCCUGUUAUUCUUCCUGAGAUGUACAAAAUUUUCACAAUGGCGGAGGUGUAUGGUAUUCGCACGAGGUCACGUGCAGUGGAGAUCUUCACCACAUGUGCCCAUAUGAUCUGUAACAUGGAGGAGUUGGAGAAGGGUGCAGCCAAAGUCCUGAUCUUUCCUGUAGUGCAGCAGUUCACAGAGGCCUUUGUUCAGGCCCUACAGAUGCCUGAUGGCCCUACAUCUGACAGUGGAUUUAAGAUGGAGGUCUUAAAGGCCGUGACAGCCCUAGUGAAGAACUAUCCUAAACACAUGGUUUCCUCCAUGCAGCAGAUCCUGCCAAUUGUUUGGAAUACACUUACAGAAAGUGCAGCCUUCUAUGUAAGAACAGAAGUGAAUUAUACAGAAGAGGUAGAGGACCCUGUGGAUUCUGAUGGUGAAGUGUUGGGCUUUGAAAACCUAGUGUUCAGCAUAUUUGAGUUUGUACAUGCCUUGUUGGAAAAUCACAAAUUUAAAAGCACAGUGAAGAAAGCUUUGCCAGAGCUGAUAUAUUACAUCAUUCUCUACAUGCAGAUCACAGAGGAGCAGAUAAAAGUCUGGACUGCAAAUCCACAGCAAUUUGUGGAGGAUGAAGAUGACGACACUUUUUCUUAUACAGUAAGGAUUGCUGCACAGGACUUGUUGCUGGCCGUUGCUGCUGAUUUCCAGAAUGAGAGUGCAACUGCUUUGGCUGCUGCAGCUACGAGACACUUGCAGGAAGCUGAACAAGCUAAAAACAGUGGUGCUGAGCAUUGGUGGAAAAUACAUGAAGCCUGUAUGUUGGCACUGGGCUCUGUGAAAUCUGUUAUUACAGACAGUGUGAAGAAUGGUAGAAUUCAGUUCGAUAUGCAUGGAUUCCUGACAAAUGUUGUUCUUGCAGAUCUCAACCUGUCAGUGUCUCCUUUUCUGCUUGGUCGCGCUCUUUGGGCCGCCAGUCGCUUCACAGUUGCUAUGUCUCCAGAAUUAAUCCAGCAGUUUCUCCAGGCCACAGUCAGUGGUCUACAUGAGACCCAACCUCCUUCAGUCCGGAUUUCUGCAGUCAGAGCUAUCUGGGGUUACUGUGACCAGCUGAAGAUCUCUGAAAGCACCCAUGUAUUGCAGCCUUUCCUUCCCAGUAUCCUAGAUGGACUGAUCCACUUGGCAGCUCAGUUCAGUUCAGAGGUCCUCAAUCUUGUGAUGGAAACACUCUGCAUUGUCUGUACAGUAGACCCAGCAUUUACAGCAAAUGUGGAGAACAAAAUCUGCCCCUUCACCAUAGCAAUCUUCCUCAAGUACAGUAAUGAUCCUGUUGUUGCCUCUCUCGCACAAGAUAUCUUUAAGGAGCUAGCACAAAUAGAAGCCUGCCAGGGUCCAAUGCAGAUGAGACUAAUCCCAACUCUCGUCAGCAUCAUGCAGGCUCCUGCUGAUAAGAUUCCAGCAGGGCUUUGUGCAACUUCUAUUGAUAUAUUAACCACUGUUGUGAGGAAUACGAAACCUCCUCUUUCCCAGCUCUUGAUUUGCCAAGCAUUCCCUGCGGUGGCUCAGUGCAGCCUGCACACGGAUGACAAUGCUACCAUGCAGAAUGGUGGUGAGUGUCUGCGUGCAUACGUCUCAGUAGCACUAGAACAGAUUGCACAAUGGCAUGAUGAGCAAGGCCACAAUGGGCUGUGGUAUGUCAUGCAGGUGGUGAGCCAACUCCUGGAUCCCCGGACCUCAGAGUUUACAGCUGCUUUUGUGGGCAGACUAGUCUCCACACUGAUUUCCAAAGCAGGAAGUGAGCUGGGAGAGAAUCUGGACCAGAUUCUGAGAGCAAUCCUUAGCAAAAUGCAACAAGCAGAGACGCUCAGUGUAAUGCAGUCCUUGAUCAUGGUAUUUGCUCACCUGGUUCACUCCCAGCUGGAGCCCUUGUUAGAGUUCCUGAGUAGUCUCCCUGGACCAACUGGCAAGCCUGCUUUGGAAUUUGUAAUGUCUGAAUGGAUGAGUCGGCAGCAUUUGUUCUACGGACAAUAUGAAGGCAAAGUCAGCUCUGUAGCUUUGUGUAAACUCCUCCAGUAUGGUAUCAACAGUGAUGACAAGCGCUUGCAGGACAUUAGGGUGAAGGGUGAAGAAAUAUUCAAUAUGGACGAGGGAAUACGCACACGAUCCAAAUCAGCCAAAAAUCCCGAACGCUGGACAAACAUUCCAUUGUUAGUAAAAAUCUUAAAAUUAAUAAUAAAUGAACUUUCUAACGCAAUGGAAGCAAAUGCAUCUCGCCAGACAGCUGCAGACUGGAGUCAAGAGGACUCCAAUGAUAUGUGGGAAGAUCGGGAAGAUGAUGAGGAUGAAGAUGAAGGUUUAGCUGGACAACUUUUAUCAGAUAUUCUUGCCACAAACAAGUACGAUGAGGAUUACUAUGAUGAUGAUGAAGAGGAUGAUCCAGAUGCAUUAAAGGACCCCCUUUAUCAAAUAGAUCUACAGGCCUAUCUCACUGAUUUCCUGUGUCAGUUUGCACAGCAGCCUUGCUAUGCAAUGUUCUCAGACCAUCUCAAUGAGAACGAGAGAAGAGUGCUUGAGGCCAUUGGCAUAUGAACCGUGCAGACACAAUAUUGAUCAUAUCGGGACAAUAUUUUUUUGGCUUAUUCCAUGUUUUGUGAUUAAACAUGAAACUUUUUCCAGUGUUCACCUGUUGUUACAGAUGUGAUCUUCCUCAUCACGAAGUAUUGAGCCUUGUCUUAUCAUGACUCUGUUAAGGGAAGGAUUAUAGAGAAAGCUCUGAAGACUGAGCUUUGCACUCUGCUCUCACCAAGGGAACACUUUCGUUUUUCACAAAAAAAAACUUUCCAGGAGGUCCUUAAAAUAAUGUGUCCUUAAAUAUUUUUAAAAAUAAACUUUAUAUUUGCCUCUGAAGAGGCACGUAACUGAGUUUCACAAACACAAUUGGACAGAACGAGAAAGGAAUCAGGUCUUUUGUAGGUUGCUUGGAUGUGUUUUGAGACUUUGGAAGUUUUGUCCCUCUUCGCACUUGCAUAACACAUACAGGGUAAAUAUCUUCAUCUUACCAUGUGACUUUUUUAUAGAACUGUAGACACUUUUAUCAAAGAGAUGCCUAAAUGGUAUGGAAUCUGUUUACAAGAGUUUGGAUGGGAAGCUGAAAUAAUAAAAUUAAAUGAACA